UUAUUUGCUCCGAGCUCCGCCUACAAAUAAUUCCCGCCUUUAAAUGGCCUCAAAUGCAAAGAGUAACUGGAAGAUCAGUGAAUUUGUAGCUCACGGCAGUGAUGUACUGUGUGCUUGCCUCAGUCCGUUCACUGGCCGUACACUAGCCACUGGCGGAGAAGACAAGAGAGUUAAUCUAUGGCUAGUUGGACAACCUCAAAAUAUCUCUAGUAUUUCUGGAUUAAGUUCACCAAUAGAAUGUAUAACAUUCAAUGGGAGUGAGAGCUGGUUGGGGGCGGGGUCUCGUUCAGGCUCCCUUAAAGUAUUUGAUUUGAAUGAAAAUAAAGUUGUUAGAAGCAUAAGCGGACACAAGUCCUCCAUAUCUUGUCUGGAUUUCCAUCGCUAUGGCGACAUAUUAGCCUCAGGCUCUAUGGACACCAACAUAAAACUGUGGGAUGUUAGGAGGAAAGGUUGUCUGUAUACAUAUAAAGGACAUAGCGACGUGAUUAAUGGGAUACAGUUCAGCCCUGAUGGUAAAUGGCUUGUAUCAGCAAGCUCCGAUAAUGCAGUCAGAUUGUGGGAUCUUAAUGCUGGGAAGUGUUUGAAGGAGUUCAGUACUCACUCUUUGCCUGUUAACGAUAUCCAGUUUCAUCCCAAGGAGCUUUUACUAGCAGCUGCCAGUAGUGACAGGACUAUCAGUUACUGGGACCUUGAGACUCUAUCGCUUAUCUCCACAUCUCCCCCUGAAGGAUUUGGUAUCAGAAAGAUACUCUUUCAUUCCGAAGCCAACGUUAUCUUUAGCGCUUCCCAGGAUUGCCUGAGAGUUCAUAGCUGGGAGCCAAGCCUUCAACUGGACUAUCUCUCCAUACCUUGGGGAAAGACAGCCAGCAUGCAGCUCUCUGGGGAUCAGAUUGUAGGCGUGUCUUAUUCCUCUACAAUGGUCAGCCUCUGGUGUAUUGAUUUCAAGAAACUAAAGCCGUGGUCACACUCUGAGAAGAAGAGAGACUACCAAAGCGUAAGACAGAAGUUUCAGUAUCGCGAGGAAGAGAUUGAACGACCUCUGACCCAACCAACAGGACCCCCACAGGAGGAGGAAGAGGAGAGGGAGGUGGGUGAAUGUGAUGAGUCUCCUCCAAAGGAAUUGCAGUCAGAGGAUAGGCAGAUGCUGUUUAAAGCCAGAGAGCAAUUGGUUAGGACGCCACCUAAAGGUAAAAAUUUUUUGCCAUUUCAACCUCCUUUGGUUCAAACUCCGCCUCCUGAGCCCCGCCCCCACAUACCCUCCUUUGAUAUUAAUAAACCACACCCACAAGACUCCUAUUAUGGUGGGCCCGAGUUAGAGAGAGAUAUCAAUGAAGCUCAUUCUGAUGUUUGCAGUAUGUUGAGAAACAGAUUAAAAUUAUUGCAAGAAGUGAGAUCAGAAUGGUCUCUAUCUGAACCAAAAGGUGCUCUUGAAGUAGCUGUCAACAGUGGGGACCAAUCAGUUAUUAUCGAUCUGUUAUCAAUACUCAACUUAAAGAGGUCAUUAUGGAGUCUGGAUAUGGCAGUAUUGAUACUACCAGAACUAAGAUUGUUAUUGAAAAGCAAGCACGAGAGGUAUUUAUCUUGUGCUACUUUUGCUAUCAAGUUGAUACUAAAAUCAUUUGCUUCGGUCAUAAUUUCUAAUAUUAGACAUCAGACGACACCUACUGCUGGACAGGGCAUUGACUUAGCUCGUGAAGAAAGGUUAGAGAGGUGUCAGAUUUCCUAUUCCCAUCUCUGUCAGAUAAGAGAGGAUCUGGCCACACCUUCCCCUUUGCUCUCACGUGUUGUCAAGGAAAGUGGCCUAAUGGAAACAUUCUCCCUAUUAGAUUAGCAACAUUAACUUGUUUAAAAUUUCCCUCAAUCCCUCCUCCCUUUUUCUUCCUUCAUUCUGUCAUGACUUUAAAGUGAAAUAAAGCAGUCAUAAGACUUUUACUAAAAUA